AUGGCGGAGGUGGGGCAGAACGGUGGCACUACCCCUGACGAUCAGGGGGACGGCGACGGCAGCAGGCUGGUGAACGGAGACUGUAGCGGAGAGAGCUCUGCCGACGGAGACGCCAAAGCCGAGCUGCCGAGACGGAGCAGCAUCAUCAAGGACCACAGCGUGAGAGGCCGGAGUGAGAGGCCGGAGUGCGAGGCCAGAGUGCGAGACCGGAGUGCGAGACCGGAGUGCGAGACCGGAGUGCGAGACCGGAGUGCGAGACCGGAGUGCGAGACCGGAGUGCGAGACCGGAGUGCGAGACCGGAGUGCGAGACCGGAGUGCGAGACCGGAGUGCGAGACCGGAGUGCGAGACCGGAGUGCGAGACCGGAGUGCGAGACCGGAGUGCGAGACCGGAGUGCGAGACCGGAGUGCGAGACCGGAGUGCGAGACCGGAGUGCGAGACCGGAGUGCGAGACCGGAGUGCGAGACCGGAGUGCGAGACCGGAGUGCGAGACCGGAGUGCGAGACCGGAGUGCGAGACCGGAGUGCGAGACCGGAGUGCGAGACCGGAGUGCGAGACCGGAGUGCGAGACCGGAGUGCGAGACCGGAGUGCGAGACCGGAGUGCGAGACCGGAGUGCGAGACCGGAGUGCGAGACCGGAGUGCGAGACCGGAGUGCGAGACCGGAGUGCGAGACCGGAGUGCGAGACGGAGUGCGAGACCGGAGUGCGAGACCGGAGUGCGGACCGGAGUGCGAGACCGGAGUGCGAGACCGGAGUGCGAGACCGGAGAUGGCUCCCGGCAGCGCAAAGAGCGAAAAAAGACUGUGUCGUUCAGCAGCAUGCCCACAGAAAAGAAGAUCAGCCGUGCCAGUGACUGCCUCAGCGCCAUGGUGGAGGGCACCGAGCUCAAGAAGGUCCGCUCCAACUCCCGCGUCUACCACCGCUACUUCCUCCUGGAUGCAGACAUGCAGUCCCUCCGCUGGGAGCCCUCCAAGAAGGAAUCGGACAAGGCCAAAAUAGACGUGAAGUCUGUCAAGGAAGUGCGGACAGGGAAGAACACAGACACUUUCAGAACCAACGGGACGUAUGAGCAGAUCUCUGAGGACUGCGCUUUUUCCAUCAUCUUCGGAGAUAACUACGAGUCGCUGGAUUUGGUGGCGAACACGGCAGACAUCGCCAACAUUUGGGUGACGGGAUUGAGGUAUUUGAUAUCGUACGGGAAGCAUUCGUUGAACAUGAUCGAGAGCAGUCAGAACAACAUGCGCUCAUCAUGGUUGAGCCAACUUUUUGACAAAGCCGACAAUAGCAACAGCAAACAGAUUAGCAUAUGCACUGCAGUUCAACUAAUCAAAGAGCUCAACCCUGGACUCAAAAAUGUCAAAACUGAACUGAAGUUUAAGGAGCUCCUGAAAGCUAAGGACAAAGUUGGUUCUGACGUGACCAGAGAAGAGUUUAUCGAAGUUUACCAUGAUUUGUGUACCAGGCCCGAGAUUUAUUUCCUAUUUGUACAGUUUUCUAGCAACAAGGAAUUUUUAGACACCAAGGACUUAAUGAUAUUCCUCGAGGCUGAGCAGGGGGAGGUGACGGACGAAGACGAAGGAGCCGAGAUGUCCCAACGUCUGAGCAUUGAGUCGGCAGAACAACCACCGUCCAAUGUACACAAGAAAUUCCAGCUUUCCAAGGAUCUGUCCGAUUUGGUGACACUGUGCCAAUCCGUGGAGUUUAAGGACUUCCCCACGUCAUUUCAGAGCCAGAAACCGUGGGAAUUUUGCUCCUUUAACGAGGUCUUUGCCAGCCGAUGUGCCAAUGACUUUCCGGGGGAUUUUGUGAAUUAUAACAAAAAGUUCUUGGCUCGCAUUUAUCCCAGUCCAAUGAGAAUCGACUCCAGCAAUAUGAAUCCGCAAGAUUUCUGGAAAUGCGGGUGCCAAAUUGUAGCUAUGAAUUACCAAACGCCAGGUCUCAUGAUGGAUCUAAACAUCGGGUGGUUUCGCCAGAACGGAAAUUGUGGAUAUGUUCUCAGGCCUGCGAUCAUGAGAGAGCAGGUGUCAUAUUUUAGUGCCAACACCAAAGAUUCUGUGCCUGGGGUUUCUCCGCAGCUUCUCCACAUCAAGAUUAUUAGCGGGCAGAAUUUCCCAAAACCUAAAGGCUCAGGGGCUAAAGGAGACGUGGUGGACCCGUACGUCUACGUUGAGAUCCAUGGAAUUCCAGCGGACUGUGGCGAACAGCGAACUCGGACGGUGCACCAAAACGGGGACAACCCUUUGUUCGACGAGAGUUUUGAGUUCCAGAUCAACCUCCCGGAGUUAGCCAUGGUGCGUUUUGUGGUUCUGGACGAUGACUACAUCGGGGACGAAUUUAUCGGCCAGUACACCAUACCCUUUGAAUGCCUGCAGCCCGGCUAUCGCCACGUGCCGUUGCAGUCAUUGACGGGAGAGGUGCUUCCACACACACAACUGUUUGUCCACGUGGCCAUCACCAACCGGCGAGGAGGCGGGAAGCCGCAUAAAAGAGGGCUGUCGGUGCGGAAGGGGAAGAAAAGCCGGGAGUAUGCGAGCAUGAGGGUGCUGCUCAUCCGGACCAUCGACGAUGUUUUCAAGACGGCCCUGCUGUCGCUGAGGGAGGCCACGGAUCUCAGAGAAAACAUGCAGAAUGCCUUGGUGUCCUUCAAAGAGCUGUGCGGGCUGUCGGCGGUGGCCAACUUGAAGCAGAGCCUUUUGGCCCUGUGCCCACGCCUCACCGGACCCGAAGGAGCUCCACAGCUCCUCUUCAACUUGUCGGACCAGUACCCCAGCCUGGAGCCCCAGAGCCUGCUGCCCGACGUGCUGCGGAGGGUGGUCAGCUCCUACGAAACGAUGAUCCAGACCAGCAGGGCGGUGAUGGAGAGCGCAGACGCCUUGUGCGACCGGAUCCUGCACGUACAGAAAACAGCGAUGCAGUUCCAUGAAAACCUCCACGAUCUGGCAGUGAAGGAAGGACUGAAGGGACGCAAGCUGCACAAGGCCGUGGAGAGCUUCACCUGGAACAUCACCAUCCUCAAGGGCCAGGCCGACCUCCUCAAACACGCCAGGAGCGAAGUCCAGGAGAACCUGAAGCAGAUCCACUACGCCGCUCUGACCUGCAGCCUGACCAAAGGAGGGUCCCAGUCCGGAGAAGGCAAAGCCCGCCGGAGCCUGGAGGCCAUCCCCGAGAAGGCCACCGCGGAGGAGUUGAGUGACACCGACCUCUCUACCUACUGA